CCCGUUUCCAAAGGCCCAUAAAUCAUUAUUUUACAAACAAGAACAACAACAGGUAAAGAAAUAGACUUGGUGGAAAAAAGCAACAAAACCCAGAGUUCUUCAUAAACCCUACUUUCUUCUUCUUCUUCUCCUUCCUUCCUCUUCAGUAGAAUAGUUGAAUACCAUAGAAUACAAUGUCUCUGAGUUAAACCAUGAGGCUCAUUCUAUUCACUUUUAACUUUUUUCCUGAAAAUGUUCUGUUCUCUUCGCAAUUUUCUUCACGUUAAUCGCAGAUUCCCUCGCCAUGUAAGCCCUUCUUCUUCUUCCCUCUCUCAAAUCCAAUCACCUCUCUGUUUCCCUCUCUCUUCUCCUUCUCCUUCUCAAUCUUCCUUUAUCUCUUGCCCUUUCGUUUGGUUCACUAGUUUUCUCUGUAUCAUUCGAUACCCUUUCGUUACCAAAAGCGGUACUUCUACUUAUUCCGAAGAUUUUGAUAGAGAUUGGAUCCGUAAAGUUGUUCACAAUGAUCUAUGGGAUGAUCCUGGACUCGAAAAGCUUUUUGAUUUGACAUUAGCUCCGAUUUGGGUUCCAAGGGUUCUCGUUGAAUUGAAAGAAGACCCUAAAUUAGCUUUCAAAUUCUUCAAAUGGUCGAUGACUCGUAAUGGGUUUAAGCACUCUGUAGAAUCUUACUGUAUAGUAGCUCACAUUCUGUUUUGUGCUAGAAUGUAUUAUGAUGCUAAUAGUGUCCUUAAAGAGAUGGUUUUGUCAAAGGCGGACUGCGAUGUUUUCGAUGUUCUGUGGUCUACAAGGAAUGUGUGUGUACCUGGUUUUGGAGUGUUUGAUGCUUUGUUUAGUGUUUUGAUUGAUCUAGGAAUGCUUGAGGAAGCUAUUCAGUGUUUCUCUAAGAUGAAGAGAUUUAGAGUUUUCCCAAAAACUCGGUCUUGCAACGGUUUAUUGCAUAGGUUUGCGAAAUUAGGGAAGACUGAUGAUGUGAAGAGGUUUUUCAAAGACAUGAUUGGUGCUGGUGCGAGACCGACUGUGUUUACUUACAAUAUAAUGAUAGAUUGUAUGUGUAAAGAAGGAGAUGUUGAAGCUGCUAGAGGCUUGUUUGAAGAAAUGAAGUUUAGAGGGUUGGUUCCUGACACUGUUACAUAUAAUUCUAUGAUUGAUGGUUUUGGGAAGGUUGGUCGAUUAGAUGAUACGGUUUGCUUUUUCGAGGAAAUGAAGGAUAUGUGCUGCGAGCCUGAUGUUAUAACAUAUAAUGCAUUGAUCAAUUGUUUCUGUAAAUUCGGGAAAUUGCCUAUAGGUUUGGAGUUUUAUAGAGAGAUGAAGGGAAAUGGGUUGAAACCGAAUGUUGUGAGUUAUAGCACUUUGGUUGAUGCGUUUUGUAAAGAGGGUAUGAUGCAACAAGCCAUCAAGUUUUAUGUUGACAUGAGAAGAGUUGGUCUUGUGCCUAAUGAGUAUACAUAUACUUCCCUCAUUGAUGCCAAUUGUAAAAUUGGUAAUCUCUCUGAUGCUUUUAGGUUAGGGAAUGAGAUGUUGCAAGUGGGUGUAGAAUGGAAUGUGGUCACUUACACUGCGCUUAUUGAUGGCCUUUGUGAUGCGGAGAGAAUGAAAGAAGCUGAAGAACUUUUUGGAAAAAUGGAUACAGCUGGGGUGAUUCCAAAUCUUGCAAGUUACAAUGCUCUGAUUCAUGGAUUUGUAAAAGCGAAAAAUAUGGACAGAGCAUUAGAGCUUUUAAACGAAUUGAAGGGGAGAGGUAUUAAACCGGAUUUGCUGCUCUAUGGAACGUUCAUUUGGGGUUUGUGCAGUUUAGAAAAGAUAGAGGCUGCUAAGGUAGUGAUGAAUGAAAUGAAGGAAUGUGGGAUCAAAGCGAAUUCGCUGAUUUACACAACGUUAAUGGAUGCGUACUUUAAGUCGGGAAACCCAACUGAGGGAUUGCACCUACUGGACGAGAUGAAAGAACUUGAUAUUGAGGUCACAGUUGUUACCUUUUGCGUUUUGAUUGAUGGAUUGUGCAAAAACAAGUUGGUUUCUAAAGCAGUUGAUUAUUUCAAUAGGAUAAGUAACGAUUUUGGUCUACAGGCUAAUGCAGCGAUAUUCACAGCGAUGAUUGAUGGUCUCUGUAAAGAUAACCAAGUUGAGGCUGCAACAACUCUUUUUGAACAAAUGGUUCAGAAGGGGUUAGUUCCUGACAGAACGGCAUACACAUCGUUAAUGGAUGGCAACUUUAAGCAAGGGAAUGUGCUAGAGGCUUUGGCUUUACGAGACAAAAUGGCUGAGAUUGGUAUGAAGCUUGAUUUGCUUGCUUACACUUCAUUAGUCUGGGGGUUAUCGCACUGCAAUCAGUUGCAAAAAGCGAGAUCCUUCCUCGAGGAAAUGAUCGGGGAAGGAAUUCACCCUGAUGAGGUCUUGUGUAUUAGUGUCUUGAAGAAACACUAUGAGCUUGGAUGUAUAGAUGAAGCUGUAGAGUUGCAGAGUUAUCUGAUGAAGCAUCAACUUUUGACCAGUGACAACGAUAAUGCACUCCCAAACAUGUGAUACUCAUGCAAUCUCUUUGCUCUUAUCAAUGGAUUCAGAUAUUCGGAUCAAAACCUUGUUUCUUCUAGAGAACAUGAAGAACAAGAAACAAGAAUAUCGAAUCUUCAGCCUAAGCUUCUCCUGGGAAUCUAUAAGCUAGCCAUUCAUCGUAAACAAUUAUUGCAGCUGUAGUUUCCCUGAUUUGCUCAGGACUGAUCCGAGGAGAAAGCUUAUCGAUGGGAUAUAUUGUUCAUCGAAAAGAGCUGAGAUUUUAAAGCUCUGAAGCAUAUGGCAAAGAUGAAUAAAGAGUGAAAGACUGUCAAGUAUCAAGUAAUCAUACUUACACAUGGGUUUAGGGGUUCUUCAUUGUUGUUUUGUAUUAUUGCAUUGAGGAACCAAUCAAAAUCCCUAACUUUUGUUGUGUACAUAUUUUUUUUUUCUCAUUCCCC